AUGGAUGCAACGACUGGGGACCUCCCACCCCUCGUCAAUCCGUUCACACCUAAUGCUUUCCUGCCGCCGGUGCUGGCAUAUCAGAACACCAUGUCCAACUACGUCUAUGUGGGUACUCUGAGUGUGCUUGUCUGGGAUAUCUUAACUCAUGUUCGUCAAGACUCCCGGUUCAUCUUCCGCUGCCCUGUUAGACUGCCAUCCUUAAUCUACCUUUUUUCGAGACUAAUCUCCCUCGCACUGGUCCUCACCGUGGUCAUCUUCCAAACCGCUCCGGUAGCAAUCCCAUGCAGGACCCUCGACACCAUCGCCGAAAGUUUUUUUGCCGUCUCAGUAGCGUUGACGUCGCUUCUGUUUCUCUUCCGUGUCCGUGCCAUAUUUGACCGGAACAAGUACGUUCGCGCCUUCUUCAGUCUCAUGUGGCUAGCCGUGGUCGCAGCCGUCAUCACACCCACGCAAGGGCUCACCGGGAUGAAUAUUGGGCCCACCAAGUACUGCAUCCAUGAGAAGGUCGAGAUGUACGUCGGAGCGGCUAAUCUCCUCCCGCUCGUGAAUGACACGCUCAUCUUCCUUGCUAUCUCGUGGAAACUGAUGCAAAAUACACACGCUGCAUCGGCUCAUCCGCUGAGCGGAAAAAUUAACCUUCGAGCAUUCCUUCGAGGGGACUACCUACCUGCAUUUUCAAGGGGUCUCCUGCAAGACGGGCAGGUAUACUAUCUGACGACAAUCACGACGAAUUUGAUGACGGUUAUCGUGUUCUAUCUCACCUCCGCCCCGACUGUCUAUCGUGCAAUGUUCGGAAUCCCCAAUGAAGCGCUGAUGAACAUGAUGGCGUGCCGAGUGUACAGGCGGACCAAGUUGGCUCACUACAAGGAGUUGAAGAAGCCGAGCAGUAACCCGUCGACCUCCAAGCCCAAUGACGGCGCGCCGAUUCUCCCUCUUGCCUUCGCACCAAAUAGGAAUAAUUCCAAUUUGAAGCAGCUUGAAGACAUUGAAAGAAAAUACCAUCCAUUCGAGGUGAUCGAGCUGGUUAAAAAUGUGGAAAGUCGCGGUGGUCAGCUCGAUCCUAGAGAAGAGGUGAAGAUGCUGAAAGGUUACGCUUCGACCACUGUAUGA